AGCAGGCACAUUUAACUGCCUGCCACUGGGAGAAGAGGUUUAGUUCCGAGUUCCAGAGAGAUGCCUUGCCCGAAGGUCACUGAUAGUGAUUUCCAUUUGAGGACAGGUAGGGUCAUUGCCUCCUGGAACCUCCCUGGGGAGGGGAAUUUUUGUGUAGUAAUUGGUUGUAAGUUACUUGGAGGCUGGGCAAUGGAGCAGCUUCAGAAGUCUGUCAAUGAAAAGUGACGCUAUAAGCAAGCUAAGAAGAGGAAAGGGAGAGAAGAAAGAACCGAGAACUGUACUCAUCAGGACCACAUCCGUGUGGGAUCAGACCCAUAUCUGUGCAGGAUGAUCCUAGGACUUGGGGAAAAAGUAAGUUAAAGGAAGCUUUGCUCCAAUUCUGUCUCUCAAGACGCUUUGCUCAUUUCCUGCUUUUGGAAGAUGGGCUCUUGGAAGUACAGUCUUUUCAGCCUAUCUCUAAUUGCUGCCUUGACGCUUAUGUUUAUUUACAAUAGCAAGUUAUGGGCGAACAAUCCUUUCCCAAGGGCGGUUUCCAAUAUUUCGGUCUUAGCAGAAGUCUGUUUUCAUAUGUUCAGUGGGGAGAAGUUUUAUACGGAGGACAGUGCACGGAAAACUACCCUAGAAACCUUCACCUGUUCCGAGUACAAGGUUCAAAAUCACUACAUAACAGAGACUCUCUCUGAAGAAGAAGCCCAAUUCCCUCUGGCUUUUACACUUACUGUCCACAAAGAUUAUGACACUUUUGAGAGACUCUUCAGGGCCAUUUACAUGCCCCAGAACAUCUAUUGUGUGCACGUGGAUAGUAAGGCAACAGAGACCUUCAAAGAAGCAGUGCGUCGGUUAGUAAACUGUUUCCCCAAUGCCUUCCUGGCCUCUAGGAUGGAGCUGGUGGUCUAUGGUGGCUUCUCCCGGCUCCAGGCUGACCUGAACUGCAUGAAAGACCUGGUGGCCUCCAAGGUCCGCUGGAAAUAUGUCAUCAACACCUGCGGGCAGGACUUUCCUCUGAAAACCAACAAAGAAAUAGUUCAGUACCUGAAAGGGUUUAUUGGGAAGAAUCUCACCCCAGGGGUGCUGCCUCCCGCUCACGCAGUUGGAAGGACCAAGUAUGUUCACCGGGAGCUGAUAGACCUUAAAAAUCCCUACGUGCACAAUACAGGAAGAUUAAAAGCCCCUCCUCCUCACAAUCUGACCAUUUACUUUGGCACUGCAUAUGUGACCCUCACUCGAGAGUUUGCUAACUUUGUCCUCAAAGACCAGCGUUCACUGGACUUAAUCUCCUGGUCCAAGGACACCUACAGUCCUGAUGAACACUUCUGGGUGACACUCAAUAGGAUUCCUGGUAUGUAUAUUUUAUUUCUCUCACAUCUCACACCGUCAUCUUUGUCUUAAUAGUGUUUAUUUGUUGUUGUUGUUGUUUUGAAGAGACUUUGUCUUGCUAUGCCCAGUCCAGGCUAUCCUGGAACUCCUGA